CACAAACUUCGACGUCUUGUGACUUUUAAUUUGACAUGCCGGUUGUUGUUUAUUUGCUUCACACCUCUCCACAAAGUUCAACACACUGGAACAUAAACAAAGGUCUGAAGUGAACGAUGUCGGUUAUUAAAAAUGAAUCUUCUGCCACAUCAGCAGUCUUAUUCCUGAAUGUUAAAGGUGAACCUAUGCGCUUCUUUAUAAGGCCCGGUCCCACCAAAGUGCAGCUUCAGCCUUUAAUAUCGAACGGCGGAGGAGUCGUCUGUCGGACUCAGGAGCCCAACGCCAUUUUGUUAGCGGAUCCCAGUGACAUCACUGCUGCUGUAGGAGCUGCUGGACAUUUUUACAUCUCCACUCAGUACGUUCAUGACUGUGUGGCACAGAACCAGCAGUUAGACAUAGAAAGCUACAGGUUUAACAGUUUACAGCCUGUCCAGACAAGGGCCGCGUCACGGAAACGGCAUGCUAAGGGACGUCUGGGAUACUCGCUUGAAGAUGACACGGCCAUCUUAAAUUACAUCGCCAAGCAUCAGAAAGAAGUAAAAGGCAACCGGAUCUGGCAGCAAAUGGAGCAUCAGCACAUCACCAAUCAUAGCUGGCAGUCCAUGAAGGACCGGUUUUUAAAGCACCUGCAGCAUAAGCUGCAAGAGAAAACCCCUGAGAGAAAAAAGAAAGUUAGGCCACUGAAAGAGAGCCCCUCUCCUCAGGAUAAUUCCUCUCAGCUUACACCAAAGAAGACACCCAAAAAGAAAGCAGCGUUAGUUUUGUCUUCUGAUUCAGAUGCCACACAAUCAAGCAAUGAGCAUGAGGAAGGAGAAUCAGAACAACCAGAGCUCCAAACUUCACCUGAAGAAAGACCUCAGGAACCUGACUCAGAAAUAAGGAAAGAGACUGAUGUUGAUGAGUCAGAAGAACAGCAACAGUGUGACAGUGAGAAGCCUGAAGUCUCACCAAAAAGAGCCAGAAUGGACACGGACACACUAGUAGAGAACACGACAUCCGGACCAAAUGAUCAGUCGUCACCUCCCAGAGAGAAGCAAAACAGUCACACACCUGAAAAACCCUCUGCGUUCAGCAUACUCCAGAAAGCUGCCAGAGAAUUUGAAGACUCUCAAGUGGUCGAUGGCAGUCAGGAAGGCCGGCCUCUGAGUCAGGAUUCAGUCAUUAAUGCCUCAGAUACUGAUGAAUCUCAGAUCAUGGCAGCACGUGAAAGAGCUGUAAGGGAACAGGAAGCAAAUCCCGAGCAUCCUAAAGAGGCAGAAGAGCCUGCACCGGCUGCACAAAUCCACAGGAGAACCCCAGAGUCAGAGGACGAUGACGCUGGUCCCAGCAGUGAUGCUCUAUCCAUCAUGUCCAAUGCUCACAUGUUCCUCUUUCAGCAGGAGUCCCAGGAGGAGCUCAGCCAGCCAUCUGAGGAAGAUCAGUCCUCUCAGAGCCUGUUAGAGACAAAACAACAGGUAGUUAGGUUGAUGCAGGAAUCUAAGAAAGACUUGGUUGAUGUCAUGAAGGCGCUCUUAAAAGCCAGCGGUGAUGUCAUUAUGGCUCUGUCGUUUUUACGUGAAGGUUACGAUCCUGAAGUUCAUGGUCCCAUCUGGACUCGGCACGAUGACGAAAUGCUACUUUCAGCCGAUUCACUCGAGUCUGAGAGGCUUGGCGAGAAAUAUGGACCCGAAGGAGUUUCCAAGAGAGCAGCUUUUCUGAAAGCAGACUUACAGCAUUAAAAAAAGAGCUGUGACAUGUCAGUAAUCCCCCACAGACUGAAAUGUUUUUAACCACUUUAAAUUGCUACAGACCACAUUUACUCGAUUAUUGUGAUUAUCGACAUGUGAAUCUGUUGUAAGCAAAUAUUUUUAAGUCAACAAAAUGCUUUUUAAUGACUGUUUUGAAAACAGGAAAAUAAAAUAUAUUUUAUCAUCCAAA